AGCUUGAGGGAGAGGCUCUUUACCUGCGGCCAUUCUGCAGAAAACUCCUCCUGCUUCCUGUCUCUUUCUGGGAAUCACUGCGCUGGUGUAAAGUUACAGCAGAAGAGAAAGUCAAAGCACAGUUGAAGACGGGAUUCUGCUUCAGGUUGAUUUUAUACUCUGAAACUGAAAUGUCGACUGUCAGAGCCAUGAAUCCUUCAACGAUUGUCAUCCAGCUUCAGCCACUGACACAAACAGCAACUGUGACCAGUUCUUCUGUGCCUGUGCGCAUACAGCAUGUAGCAGGAGUUUCACCUCUUCAAGGAAUUCAGGCCUUUCUUAAAGGCCAACCAAAAGCCCUCGGGACUGUCCAGAUAAUGGUCGGUGUGUUGACCUUCCUGUUGGGAAUCGCGUCUAUACAUUAUGGAUAUUAUGUCUUCUUCCACACUGGUGCUUCUUACUGGGGAUCUCUGAUUUACAUUAUUGCAGGCUGGCUCUCCAUUGCUGCGAAAAACAAAAUUGAUUCACCAGCCGGUUUAUGUUUGGUGAGAGCUUCCCUCGUGAUGAACAUUUUCAGUGCUAUAGCUGCGGGCAUUUCCAUUAUUGAGCAUUCACUGAAUUUGGUUUUUGUAUCCAGUGGCCCUUCCUGCAGUCUCCCUUAUUCUUGGUCACAAGGUGACAGGAGUCUCUUCUCAGGAAUCAGAGGUGUGUUGCUGGCGUUCGCCGUCCUUGAGCUCUUAAUCUCCAUCUUUCUAUCUGCGUUUGGGUGUAAAGUCACCUGCUGCUAUUAUCCUCAGAUUCCUGUGGACAGCAACCUUUUAAUUCAAUGUCCUCAAGAAAUCCCAGAACCAUGCUUUCAACAUCCUCCUGCAGAAGCUCCCCCAGCGUACACUGAAGCAAAUAAAUGUGAAUCAACAUGAAAAAACUGGGCAGAGCGGUGGAUCUGCUGCUUUGAUGCUGUGGCGAUUCUAGUUUCCUUGUGUAUCUGAUCUGAAUAAUGCACAUCAUCAGAUUGUGUAAAAUGAUUAUUAUAGUCAUCCUCAUAUAUAACACUUUUUAUUUUACAUUUUUAUGUAUUUUGCUAUUACCUAUGUGUAUUUUUAAAUGUUAUUUGUUUGUAUAUACUGAUAAAUUAGAUUUGUAUUAUGACUAG